AAAGAAAUAGAUAUUUAAUUAAAAUUGUAACAAGACUGCGAGACUACCAUUAUUGAUUUAACUAAGAAGAACUAAAACAAAAAGAAAGAACAAACAAAGAGCAUUAAAAAUGUAAUCAAUGAGAAAUUGACACAUCCCUUUCUUUUUUUUUUUUUGCUCUUUGGUGAUGCCAUGUGAGCGGCCCUCGAUAGAUGCGACCUCUCAACCAUAAAGCUACUACAGGAUUUGGCGACCCUUCUGCCCUAGUGGUUAAUGGUUUUCUCGGCUCCCUGUUUUUGUGCAUUUCAAGCUUUAACAAACGUGGGUUUUUUAUUUUUUUUCCCCCUUAAUUAACCUCGUUCUUGAAGAACCUACGGUCUUGAAAUGUAGCUUAUGUGUCUGAGUGAGAGAAGAGAUUAUUCACCACUGGGUCGCUUAUUUUUCUAAUGGGCUGUGGAAAAGCUAGAUGUGUGGAGCUUUAUUAGUUAUUAUGUUUCAUCAUUACUGAGUGUGACUUUCAGAGAAAAGGAAAAGAGAGCUCCCUUGAAUGUUUGAGCAGGUGCGUGUUUGGGGUUUUGUGGUAUCUCACUGCUUUUCUUUCUUUUUCUUUCCUUCUUUGUGUCUCAGUUAGAGUUUAUGAUCUAGGCUUGUGGGUGUGAUUGGGUUUGCAAAAAAAAUGAGACUGCUUGGCAGUUCCUGUUAGAUUUUCCAGAAGGAUUUUUCUCCCAGCGAGUGUAGUUGGUGUUGUAAGGCUUGGUAAUUGCAGAAGGGAAGCUUGCGGAUUUCAAUUUGCUCUGUGAUGCGAUUCAGAGGGGGGGGAAAUGAAAUCUUUGAGUAAUGUGGGACUUGGUUUGAGCAUGGUGUUUGGGUGUCUUCUCUUAGCUCUAAUUGCAGAGCUGUACUACUUGUUGUGGUGGAAGAAGAGGUUAACGAGCAGACAGAUUGAAGAUGGGUACAGCAGCCCUGCGAGAGAGCUCUUGUACAUGUUCUGCUGGAAAAAGCCUUCUUCGCUGAGCUCCACAGCUCUGAAUCCUCAGGAACUGUGUUCAUCCCUGAGAGUCGCUGACAGCGCCCAUGCCCACGAACCAGAAUCUGCUCAGCUUCAUGUCCAUUCAAACAAGGAUUUGCUGCUCAAAUCCUUUGGGGACGAUGGUGUGGAGGCAGAGCUCAUGAGGCUGCAUCAUCUCGCAGGACCACCAAGAUUUCUCUUCACCAUUAAGGAAGAAACAAAGGAGGAUUUAGAGUCUGAAGAUGGGAAAUCAAAAGGAGAUGCCAAGAGUAGAAAAGGUUCAAGGAGUAGGAGCUUCAGUGACCUCCUUGUCACUGUGGAGACUCCAUUCUUAACCCCUCUGGCUUCCCCACCAUACUUCACUCCUCCUCUUACUCCUAUGGAGUCCUACUACAACCACAAUGGAUUCAAUCCACUCUUUGAAUCAUCUACAGAUGCAGAGAUUAGCAAAAUAAGGUCAUCCCCACCUCCUAAAUUCAAGUUCUUGAAGGACGCAGAGGAGAAACUUUAUAGGAGACUAACGGAGGAAGCUGAGAAGGGAGUUCAUAAGACUGAGAGUGCUGCUCAAGAUGAUUGGGCUAAAGCUCCUCCUACUUCAAAGCCUCUCAAAGAGGAGGAAGAUGGAUCCUUCAUCACGAUAGUUGUUGCCAAAAACAAUGAGAAAGAGCUCAAUUGCCACAACCAUCUACAAGAACACCAUUCAAGCUCCCCACAGGUACUUCCUGUGAUAUCUUCCGCUUCAACAGUUAGAACAUCAGCUAACAAGAAAUCCACCCAGCAUUAGAUCUCCAUCAACUCAAUUGAAAUGGGUUUUGCUUCUAAUAAUUAUUUCCCUAAUUUUUCUUGCUCUGAGUUAACUCUUUUUCUUCUUCUUCUUCUUCUUCUUCUUCUUCUUCUUCUUUUUGCCUUUUUUUUUGGGCGUUUUCUAUGGAGUUGUUGAGAGGAGGGGUUAUUUGGGCAGGCUGCAAAACCCUUUUGCAAUCCAUCUUGAAUUUCAGAAGGGGGAGACAAAAUUCUGUGCAAAAUUGAUGUUGAGAGGUGGCUUUAGUGCAAGUGGGGGACCUGUGGGGGUUACUUGUUUUGUUCAAUCUCCAUGACUCCUGAGCUGUCUGAAUCCAUAAUGUAAUGAUUCAUGGUUCAUGUGGGGGGUGGUGGCAGUACUGAUUUUUCUUCUUGAAAGAGCAGUGUGAUUCUUUUCAAGGUUAAGCCUUUUCUCAUUUGUCCUCUUUCCCUUCUCUCAUGCUUCGAGAUGUGUAUAAACAAAUAUUGGUGCCAUGUUAUGAAUGAUCUUGUAUCCUUAUCCUGC